UCUUUGUCUUUACUGAUGCCUAACUCAAGCAAGCAGUUGCAUUUUGGUGGCUCUGUGGGCCAGAGUGUUCCUGUGUGGGGAGAGGGCCAGAACGACAGGUCUGUGAGCCGGUGUCACUACUGUGGUACCAUCGCAGGACGUAGGAAUUCUUUGCCACUGGGUGGUAGUGACGGUAAAGUUGGGUUUUACCAUUAUCUAGAUCUUUCUGAGAAACGGGGUCCAGCCGCUCAGCCUUCUUUUUACAGACAGGACCAACAUGGACAGCAGCUAUUAAGAAACAACUCUGUCCCUGAUCUGAACAGCAAUCUCUACCUCAGACGAGCGAUGGCAGCCCGGGCUUCAGCACCACCGCAGGAUUACUACUUGGCUGAUGCUACCUUAUCUGGUCAGCCACCUGAAGAUUCUGGGCUUUACAGGGAUAACCAGCACUUGCUCAGCAGAUCAGCCACGCAUUAUGGGCCCAGCGCUGGGGGGGUGAGGCUCACAUGGGAUCAAGGACAAGCAAGGGCCACACCUUCUUUACUGGCYUCUUCUUCUACGUCUGCAGCCAUGCCUCCUCCCCCCGUGCCUCCACCUCCUCCACCUCCUCCCCCUCCUCUUCACGAGCUGAGCCGUUUGUACAGGGAGACUCUGGGAUCUAAGAUGAUCCCAGACGUUCAGCGUAUUGGUGGCAGCGCUUCUACUCCCGCUUUCUACGGGAUUCAACAAGCUCUUCCCAUUUACGCUGCUGAGCCACCGUCACUCACAGCUCGCGAACUUUACAAUACCAUCAACAGCUUGUCUCUGGAUCCUCGCCUGCCAGCUGCCACCAGUUCUCUGGUGGAUCCAGCAUCUCAGGGAAUGGACGGAGCUCUACAACGGGCUUAUGGAGCUGUAGCCUCCCAGAGGUUGCCUUAUGACCCAAACUAUGACCCCACCGCACCGAUGGUGGCUGUCACAGCUGGAAUGACGUCCAACAUGCCCCCCAUCCAUCCCAGCGCUGCAGAUCCCAAGAAGAUGGUUGACCCCACCUUUCUGUCCUACCUGCGAGCUGAAGGUUUGGCGGAGAGCACCAUCACUCUCCUCCUGCAACAUGGCUUUGAUUCCACGGCAACACUGGGGAUGAUGGAGGACCACGACAUCCGGUCCGUGGCUCCAAACUUGGCCCAAGCCCGUGUUCUGUCCCGUGUAGUGCUCGGGUGCAAAACAGGUGGGGCGGCAAUGCGUACCAGAUCCAACAGCUUCAGCCAUCGGAACGACCUCUACAUGCAGCCGCAGGGUUUGACAAUGGACCCCAACCUGAUGCAGCAACCUCCCAACGCCAUGCAAAACGUGUCCCCCAGGAUGGGAGAGUUUCUUGGCAGGAGACCAAAUAGUGCACCCUCCCAACACCUCCUGGAGACCACCACCUUCCCAGGAACAAGGCCACUGGCAGCUGGAACCUUCCCAGUCAGCCCUGGGGGAUAUAACAAUGUGGCAACCCAGGGAAGGCCUCUCUCCAUGUAUAACCCCCACACGGGUCUUGCCAUGUCUGCUCUUGGACAGCCGCCUCCACCAGCACCCGGUACCCCUGGAGCAGCACCCAAAACCUUCUCAGGCUCCUAUUCUCCCAUGGAGCUGAUGAAGAGACCCACAAAUUUCCCCCUACCAUCUCCUGUAGCUGCUGCAAGCCCCCUCCACAGCCCACAGCUUCUCCGGAAGGGGAUCGGCGGUGCUCCCGAGAGUACCAUUGUUCCUGUCACCACUACCACCRCUCUGCAAGGGCAAAUCCCUGCCAACAACAAGAUGGUGGGACGUCGCACUGGUCCGCCUGUCAUAGUCUCAACCAUGAUCACCUCACCUGAGACAAGUAUUCGGCCCCAAAUCAUGAACGGGCCGAUGCACCCGCGCCCGCUGGUGGCGCUGCUGGAUGGACGGGAUUGCACCGUGGAGAUGCCCAUCCUGAAAGACUUAGCGACUGUCGCCUUCUGCGACGCCCAGUCCACACAGGAAAUCCAUGAAAAGGUGCUAAACGAGGCAGUGGGCGCCAUGAUGUACCACACCAUCACCCUGACCAGAGAGGACCUGGAGAAGUUCAAGGCACUGCGCAUCAUCAUCCGCAUCGGCAGCGGAUACGACAACAUCGACAUCAAGGCGGCCGGAGAGCUGGGCAUCGCCGUGUGCAACAUUCCCUCCGCAGCCGUGGAGGAGACGGCCGACUCCACCAUCUGCCACAUCCUCAACCUUUACAGGCGGAACACCUGGCUCUACCAGGCCCUCCGGGAGGGCACGCGGGUCCAGAGCGUGGAGCAGAUCCGCGAGGUGGCUUCAGGUGCCGCACGCAUCCGCGGCGAGACCCUCGGCCUCAUCGGUUUUGGCCGGUCGGGCCAGGCGGUCGCGGUCCGGGCCAAGGUCUUCGGCUUCAACGUCAUCUUCUACGACCCGUACCUGCAGGACGGGCUGGAGCGCUCGCUGGGGGUCCAGCGCGUCUACACCCUGCAGGACCUCCUGUACCAGAGCGACUGCGUCUCCCUGCACUGCAACCUGAACGAGCACAACCACCACCUCAUCAACGACUUCACCAUCAAACAGAUGCGUCAGGGUGCGUUCCUGGUGAACACCGCGCGGGGAGGCCUGGUGGAUGAGAAAGCUCUGGCCCAGGCGCUGAAGGAGGGCAGGAUACGUGGAGCCGCCCUGGACGUCCAUGAGACGGAGCCCUUCACGUUUGCACAGGGCCCACUGAAAGACACCCCGAACCUGAUCUGCACRCCGCACACAGCCUGGUACAGCGAGCAGGCCUCACUGGAGAUGAGGGAGGCAGCCGCCACCGAGAUCCGAAGAGCCAUCACCGGACGUAUCCCCGACAGUCUACGGAACUGCGUCAACAAGGAGUUCUUUGUCACCACAGCACCAUGGGGCGUUAUGGACCAACCAGGCAUUCACCCUGAGCUCAACGGCGCCACCUACAGAUACCCGCCGGGUGUGGUCGGAGUGGCUCCGGGCGGCAUCCCGGGGGCGUUGGAGGGCAUGGURCCCGGUGGGGUCCCCAUCGCCCACACCCUGCCCUCUGGCACACACCCCUCCCAGGCUCCGUCGCCCAACCAGCCCUCGAAACACGGCGAGACCAGAGAGCACCUCACCGAGCAAUAGCGGCAGCAGCAGGACCACCACGCACCUCCAUCCGAAAACCGACCGACCAACUGGGACCAAGAGACAGUGAAACAACACAAAACGGCUGCCUGCUCCAUCAGCCGGGGGAGGGGGGCGGGUAGGAACAGACGAAGAAGCGUUCCUGGAGGGGGGGUUUGUACUUUUAACGUUUCGGUUCUUACCCUCGUCUCUUUGGGUUUCGACUUUACUCUGAUGAUGUUUUUUGUUUUGCUUUCCUUCUUCGGGACAUGCCUGAUGAUUGUGGACACAGUCCAGUGUUUUUUAUUUUUUUCUUUUGUUUUUUUAAAGCUCUCUGGGAUUACCCACCCCCCGACGACACGAAGAGUUCACUUCUCAAACCACUGAGAGGAAGGGACAAAAAAUUAAUUGAAAAUAAAUGAAAAAUUGGCAUCAUGUGCUACUGGACCUUAUUGAUCCUGAUCUACCCCUCCCCUUUCUGCUCCUUUUUCAUAUGUAACAAGUGUUGUUUAGACCCCUGAAUUAAGGAUUUGUUUUUCUGUCAGUGUAAAUGAUUAUAAAUCAGCUUAUAUUUAUCAUUUAUCAAAUAAAAAAACAAGACUUCUCUUCAGUUCUAGUAGAGGGGGGUUUUAACCUUUUCCUGACCGAUGCAGUAACAUUUUUGCCAUUUCUUCCUUUACAAUCCUGCGUUAUUUAGUUUUUGUCGCCACUGCUAUUUAACACUAAUCCRUAUCUGCACAUUUGACUGUGAUUAAGUUCUAACAGGUGGCAUGGAGUCAUGUGACUGAGCAAGAAAAACCCCAUCYCUGAUUCUUUAAUGUACAGAAACGUCCAUCUAUGAGCACAUAAACUCCAGGCAGGAAAGGGUUAAAGCAAACUUCAGUUCUUAAUAACUCAGGAAAAAAUAAAACACUUUUGCUGAUGCUUUCCCCCCAAAAAAGGUUUUGUCUAUGAAGGAAAAAAAACUAAUCUGAAGCUUUUUUUCUCAAUCAUCCCAACCAUCGUAUUUUUCUAAAAAAGAAAAACUAAAAAAAAAAAAMCUUUGUCGUUAAAGAGUUUUGAGGAGUCCUGUUAAUUUGUAAUACCUAGUUAAAUGUUCCUAGAUUCCUGAUGUGUUCCACCCCCCCCCUCUCCCCACUCUUUUAUAAUUUCUUUGUUAUAUCAAUGAAGGCCCGGUUCUUUUGGGGGUCCUGUACUCUUUAAGAGCAAUAGCUGAAAUUCCUUAGUGUCCUGACGAUAGCAGAAAAGGCAGCCAGCAGUAUGUUAUUUUAUUUGAUCUUUUUUUUUUCUUUUUUGGUUUUUAGUGCGAGUAUUUGUAUUUGUUUCUUGUACAAGGUGAACAUUUAGCAUUCAGUGCAGUUCAAAUAAAGAUGAUUCUGACAACU